AUGCCAGUCGUCAUGAGACCUUCAACGAGGAACAAGGACGAGGUACUCGAUGCCGAGCGCCUUCGUCAGAUCGCUCGACGCAAAGAACAGAAUCGCAACGCACAACGACGUCUUCGCGAGCGCAAAGAAGAGUAUACGAUGCAAUUGGAGGCGCAACUUGCCGACCUGCAUCGCCGUUCUCAGAGCCAAGAGGAGGAGAGUCGCUUCCUUCGUGAAGCACUUGCCCGCAUGCGAGCUGAGAACCAGACGCUUGCUGAGCAGAUCUCCAUGAUCCACCAGGUAGUUCCAUCCACUCAGACUUCGCAUCCUCUUCCACAACGCGCCUCGAUCGAUCUCGGUAUCGACCUCUUUGCACACACAUCCGCACUGAACCGUAACCGAAACCGAUCUCAGAGCGUCACUGCUUCGACUUUGCCUCACUUUAACUUCAGCGCGGCAGCUGCCCCUUGGUCAGCCACCUCUUCUCAUCAUCCCGUGUCGGCAAUGCACCCGCCUCACUUUGUCGGCGGCAUCGCUCCCGGCGCCACCCAUCGUCUUCCCAUGACGUCAGCAUCACCUCUGCAAGGAGCAUACACCUUCCCAGGCGGUCUCCCCUUGCGACAGCACGAGUCGAUGGAGGACGUCGCCAUGGCUCGCUCCAAUAACGGUAGUCGCAGAAGCUCCCUUUCGCCCCACUCGCAGCGUAGGGACAGCAUCUUCGACACUCAAGGCACCAUUUCUCGUCACGGAAGCGGCCAGACAGAUCUCACUCUGCCUUCCGCUGACCACUCUGACUCCGAGAGUGUACACUCAACCAAGAUCCAGGGUGUCUCUGCUGCUCCCUCUGUCCACACUACAGCUUCGAUGGCUCCCUCGCCAUCGUCUUCGCUUAGCUCUGCUGCUAUUCCUUCCGGGUCCAUGGCACAGACUGCGGUUAUUCAGCAACAGAACAACGUCGGUGCCAAGGCAGCGUUGCCCAACAUGCCUCCUACGUCUGACGACGUCAUGACAAGCUGCCUCGAGAGCAUCCACUCGCUGCCUAUGGCAAGCUGCCUCGAGAGCAUCCACUCGUCGCCUAUGGCCGGUGGCGCUGACGCCAACAAGAACGCUACACAAAAAAUCAACUUUGACGGCGGUGCCUCUUGGAUGUCCUUGUCCAACGAUGUACACGGUCAGCUCCCUCUGCCUGACUUCCGUCAAGACCUGUCUAACAUGCCCAAGCCUCUUGGAAUGACUCCUGGUGCUCUUGGUCUGAGCAACAUGAUGCCGGGCAACGGUCAGGGAGGUGACGGCUGGUCCAUCUCGCCUUGGAUCAACAUGGCGCAGACUCCUUCUGCGGCAGGUGGUUCGACUGACAUGGAGCACUCCUCUUCGCAGAUGAAGACCGAGACUCAACGUAUGGAUAGCGCCAUGGCUUUCGACAGCCGCACUUCGCUUGCUAGUCGUCGCGGAUUCUCGGGAAGCCUCAAGCUCGAAUCACGGGCUAACUAA